AAACGAAAAAGAAAAGUAAAAAGUGCCUUUCAAAAAGUUUGACCAGACUGAAAAGUUAUUUACAAUUUUUAUUUUGUUCGAAUUCCUCAAGUUUUAUCAUCAAUUUUAUCUAAAAAGUGCAUAAAAUGCUUCCGCAAGUGCCACCGUACCAGAUUAUUGUAAAAAAGUGUCGGAACUAGUGUUUUCCAGUGCGCGAGAAGAGAAAAUAAUUGCUGCACCCUUUUGGUCGCGAUGAAAUCCUAGAAUUUUUAUUUUUCGACUUACCCAAUCAGCUCCUCGAAGACGUCGAUCGGUGUCGAAGAAGAGAACAUCGUCGCCAAGAAGAAAGGGUCCAACCAGCCCACUAUGUGGUGAACGAUCGCCCCGAUCAAGAGUCUUGAUGUGAUCGUUUUGUGUUGAUUUUUGUGUGGUGUUUGUGUUUACGUAAAACGGGUUUCUUGGGGUGAAAAUUAUUUCAACAAGAAAAGAAGAAUACAGUUUCGGAGACCGAAUCUAGAUUGAACGGUGGACAUUGUGGGGGCAGUUUAAUUUAUUCCGGCUCCUGCGAGGGAGAUCCAACUGGACAAAAGUGAGCUAAAUUGGAUUCCGAAAGCAUAUUCGGGGCGCCCCCGUCCGGGAGAAUGAUGGCCCCCUUCCGGCGCAAAAAGUCCAACAAAGAGUUCCCGGUCAAGGUGUGCACCUACGAUUCGGAGCUCGAGUUCCAUCUGGAGCAUCGCGCGACGGGCGGCUUUCUGUUCGAUCUGAUCUGCCGGACCAUUGGGCUGCGGGAGACGUGGUACUUCGGGCUGCGCUAUGUCGACAAAAAGGGCAACAAAAGCUGGCUCAAGAUGGACAAGAAGGUGCUGGAUCAGCAUAUCAAUCUGUCCUCCGAGGGCUGCGUGUUCAUGUUUAUGGCAAAGUUUUUCCCGGAGAACGUAGCGGAAGAGCUGGUGCAGGAGGUGACGCAGCACAUGUUUUUCCUGCAGAUCAAGGAGGCGAUCCUCUCGAUGGAAGUGUACUGCCCUCCGGAGGCGUCGGUUCUGUUAGCCUCCUAUGCAGUGCAAGCUAAGUAUGGCGAUUAUGACGAAGCUGUCUGCAAGCCAGGCAUGUUGAUUAGUGAAAAUUUGCUCCCUCAGCGAGUGAUCGACCAGUAUCAGAUGACUCCACAGAUGUGGGAGGAACGAAUUAAGACGUGGUACGCCGAUCAUCGUGGAAUGUCCCGCGACGAGGCCGAAAUGGAAUAUCUUAAAAUAGCCCAGGAUCUUGAUAUGUUCGGUGUAAACUAUUUCCCAAUAACGAAUAAGAAAAACACAGAAGUAUACGUGGGCGUUACGGCGCUCGGUCUAAACAUUUACAACAAAGAGAACAAACUGACCCCGAUGACGACGUUCCCGUGGAACGAAAUCCGGAACAUCAGUUUUGACGGAAAGAAGUUCUUUGUCAAAACUAACGAAGAGAAGGGCAACGUGGCCACGACGUUCUACUCGGAGAAGGCCCGUAACAACAAGGAGCUGCUGGAUCUGUGCGUCGGCAAUCACGAACUGUACAUGAAACGGCGCAAACCGGACACGAUGGAGAUUCAGCAGAUGAAGGCACAAGCCAAGGAGGAGAAACAUCGGCGGCACAUCGAGCGGAACAAGCUGGCGCGGGAGAAACAGCUGCGCGAGGAAGCCGAACAGGAGAGGGCCAACAUGGAGAAAAGACUGAUGCAGCUGCAGGAGGAGAUGGCAGCUGCCAAUGAGGCGUUGCGUCGCAGCGAGGAAGCUGCAGAACUGCUCGCCGAGAAAAACCGAUUAGCGGAGGAGGAAGCUUUACUUCUCUCGCACAAAGCACUCGAGGUCGAGCAGGAAAUCAGCCGGAUGCGGAUGACGGCCCGAAAAACCGAGGAGGAAAAAAUCUAUCUGGAGCGGAAAACUCACGAAGCCGAACUCCUCACCGCCCAGAUGAUCGAGGAGUCCCGAAAGCGGGUCAUGGAGACGGAAAAGCUAAAAAACGAACUCAUUCACGCGCGGGUCGCCGAAAAGGAAGCGAAGGAAAAACUUCUGAACUUUCUUAGCCGGACAUCGACGGAGUCGAUUUUCAUAACCCCGUCCUCGUCGCCGGAGACGCCCGCCCUGGAAAGCAACACAUACGACCUGCUGGCAGACGGAGACAUGGACCAGCUGUCGCUGGAGAUCGAGAAGGAAAGGGUGGAGUACCUGACCAAGUCGAAACAGGUGCAGAAUCAGCUGAAAGAGCUCCGUUCGGAGAUCGAACAGCUCAAGAUCGGCGAGAAGCAGUCGCCGCUGGACAAAAUCAGUGCCCAGCAGACACGCCUAGGUGAGAACAAGUAUUCCACCCUGAAGAAGCUCAAAUCGGGCUCGACGAAAGCACGAGUAGCAUUUUUUGAGGAAUUAGAACCGGAAGAAUCGAUAGCAUAACGCACUUCCCGGAGUCAUCGUCGUAUAAGCACAAUCGAAUUGGGGAUGAUUCCCAAGGAAGUUCAAUCUCUCGCACACUCUCACAAAUGCCAACGGCAAUCCAGAUUGGAUUGACAAGAUAUAAAGAAGUGCCUCCUACAGACACAAACAAACUCUUCCGGGAGCUCCCGACUGGGGAGCUGACCGAUUUGUAUUCGAUUUCACUAUGACAUUACGAGAACGAACAGUUUCCUGAUACGCUUCCGGAGGAACGGAUUUUGAUUUUAGCUGUGAAUAAACCACUUUUAUUUUUA